AUGAUGCUGGGCAAAUCUCUCCUGAGAGCUGAAAUGACAUCGAUGCUGUUUGUCGUCCUGCUGCUGAUGAGUAACGCUGGGUUGGUCUCUGCACAGUUUAAUGGAUACAACUGUGAUGCAAACUACCACAGCAGGUUUCCUGGAGAGCGGGACAUCAGCGUUUACUGUGGGGUUCAAACAAUUACUUUAAAAGUCAACUUCUGCCCUGUGCUGUUCUCCGGCUACUCUGAUGCAGAUUUGGCCUUGAAUGGUCGCCACGGUGACUCCCAAUGCCGCGGCUUCAUCAACAACAACACCUUCCCCACGGCAGUCCUGUUCAGCAUCAGUCUGAGUACCCUGGAGGCCUGCGGGAACAGCCUGGUGGUCAGCACAGCCUAUGGGGCCAACGCCUAUGGGAACAUGUCUCUGGUACAAAUUGGGAAUGUCUCCGGCUAUAUCGACACGCCUGACCCUCCGACCAUAAUCAGCUACCUGCCUGGUUUGUUGUAUAAAUUUAGCUGCAGUUACCCACUGGAAUACCUGGUCAAUAACUCACAGCUGGCAUCCUCCUCUGCUGCUGUCUCCGUCAAGGACAGCAACGGUACAUUUGUGAGCACGUUGAGCAUGAUUCUGUACAACGAUUCAACAUACAAUCAGCCUCUCUCCAUUCCAAUGGCUGGACUGGCUCUGAAAACCAGAGUAUUUGCUGCUGUUAAAGCCACAAACUUAGACAAACGGUGGAACAUCUUGAUGGACUACUGUUAUGCGACCCCCUCAGGGAAUCCUAAUGAUGAACUCCGCUAUGACCUUUUCUUUGGCUGCUACAAAGACCCACAGACGACAGUGUUUGAGAACGGUAAGAGCCAGAUGGGGCGAUUUUCCUUCGAGGUUUUCCGUUUUGUCAAACAUAGACAUCAGAAGAUGUCAACUGUGUUUUUGCACUGCGUCACGAAGUUGUGCCGAGCGGACGACUGCAUCAUGCUCAUGCCGAUUUGUGGACGACGGCGGAGGCGAGAUGAGGGCCCUGAUUCUCCACCAGCAGCAUCGGGGAACACUGUCAUCACUGCUGGACCAAUAAUCACCAGGAGUGAUGAAACUCCUGUCAACAAUUCCCAACUUGCAUCUGGGGCCCCCUCCCACUCAAUGAACCCUGUGACCAGCACUCUGAUCUCAGGCGUGGUCAUCUUGGGAGGGGUCAGCGUGGGCUUCUUCCUGCUGUCGGUCCGCCUCCUGCAGAAAUCUCGUCUCACAACAAGCACGGCCUCAGGUGUCUGGAACCCCGGCUUUAAAUAA